UCGCCAAGAACUUCAGGAAACAUGUAUCGGCUCUUUGUGACGAUGACGGUAAUCACGGUAAUCAACUUCGCGUCAAUCAACGCGGAGUCGUAUAGAAUUCCGUUGUACGAGACAUCGUCCAUUAGACGAUACCGACGUUCGGAGAUGGACUCGAUUGUUCUGACGAACUACGAAGAUUUCGAAUACUACGGUGUUAUCGAAAUUGGAACUCCACCGAAAAAGUUUAAAAUACUUUUCGACACUAGUUACUCAGGUCUCUGGGUACUAUCCAAAAAGUGCAACGUCAGCCAACCUGCUUGCUCGGAACAUAAUAAAUACGACAAUACGAAGUCCUUGUCAUACUUCAGAAAUGGAUAUCCCUUUAAUAUUACUUACCGUCAUGCGAGAAUGUAUGGAAAUUUAUCUAUAGAUACCAUAAGGAUUGGAUAUUUUAAACUAACAUCACAGACAUUCGGAGAGAUAUUCAAUUUCUAUCCAACAAUGUUUUGGUCACAAUGGGACGGCGUUCUGGGGAUGGGUUAUCCCGCCUUAUCUCUCUUUAAUGAGACACCUACUCCUGUCGCCAAAAACGAGAUUUAUGAAAAAAUCGUUGCACCAACUUUUAGCUUCUAUCUGAAUCGAAAGCACAACUCACAUUCCAACGGUGAACUGCUAUUGGGUGACACUAAUCCUUCUCGUUACGUGGGCGAGUUGACGUAUGUGGAUGUUACCCGGCAAAAAUACUGGCAAUUUAAAAUGGAUAAGAUUCAAACAGAAAAGAACAUCUUUUGCUCGGAAGGCUGUCAAGCUAUCGUCGACACAGGCGCUUCUGUGAUAGGUGGACCACCGCAGGCUAUCGCAACUCUUUACAGAGAGAUCGGUGUUAAUAAUGGAGCAGUGAAGUGCGACGAGAUUUCUAAUUUGCCCGAUAUCAGUUUCGUCAUAGGUGGUAAGACGUUUCGACUCACUGGCCAAGAUUAUGUCAGGAAGGUCACAGAAGACCGAUGCAUUUGCAUGCUCCAAAGUAUUCCGUAUAAUGAUGAAGUAGAAUGGAUUUUGGGCAACAUUUUUAUUCGUCGUUAUUAUACGGUUUUCGACAUGAAGAACAACCGAGUGGGAUUUGCCAUGGCAAAACAUUAAAUCUUGAUUGCCUUCUCAUGAAGUGAUAACUUUAAAUAUUAGAAAAUUUAAAUGACAAAUAAGUCAAAGUUUUUUAGAAUAUUGACUCGCAUGUGCCUAUUGGCCUGUUUUUAUUUGUUAUUAUUUAUGUAUUAUGUGGUUAAAUUAAUACGUAUUUGAGAAUUAGAAGACAGAUAUGCGAUACUUAUUCUACCAACGAUUUGGUACAUCUUGUUCUUUCGGCAACUAUCGAAUUGUUAGGUAUUGUGAAUAUGACUUGUAUAUAAGUUUGUUAAAAUGAAGCAUGUAUUUUUUAAACUGAAUAUUGAUUUCAUAUAGCGCCUUUUCAAUCUCAUAUUAAUGUAGUAUCCCAAAAAAUAUUAUCUCGUUUAAUCUUAUUAUAAAUUUUCUGCUUACAUACGAGUACAAGAUAUCAUAUAACAUUCUGCUUAUAUGUAUAAGAGUACGACAUACCGCAUUUGCAAUCAAUAUAUAACUUUUUACAUUUCUUAUGCUUACACAAACGUAUACACGCAUAAAUCUUUUGCUUAUUAAUAAACAUUAUCUAAAAUAUUCGACACAUAGAUACCAAAUUGUUGAUACAAAAAUUAUCAUGUUGUAUAUAUUCUAAUUAAUAAAUUGUUAUAAUAUUGCAAAACUGGGUUAGGUAUCUCACUAUCGUUAAUAUUAUACACUUAUAUUUUGA